CUGCGAACCACGUGGGUCCCCGGCGCGUUUCGGGUUCCGGCGGCUGCAGCAGGAGUUCAAGCCUAAGCAGCUGGAAGGGCCCUGUGGCUAGGUACCAUAGACCUACACGGGAGUAAGUCAGCCUGGUAUGCAGGCCAGAGACCGGUGGGGAGGCAGACACACAAACAGAAAAUUGGGCUACAGUGCUAAGAUGCUGUAAGAAGAGGUUAACUAAAGGACAGGAAGGUGGAGCCAACAGGUGGAGCUGCUGUGUACAUCAGAGAUUGUCUUUCAAGGCGAGGGGCCUCCCAUCUCAAGAUGUGAUACAGGGACCAUGGCCAACUGUGAGCGUACCUUCAUUGCGAUUAAACCAGAUGGGGUCCAGCGGGGUCUUGUCGGAGAGAUUAUCAAGCGUUUUGAGCAGAAAGGAUUCCGCCUUGUUGGUCUGAAAUUCAUGCAAGCCUCUGAAGACCUUCUCAAGGAACACUACAUCGACCUGAAAGACCGUCCGUUCUUUGCCGGCCUGGUGAAAUACAUGCACUCAGGGCCGGUAGUUGCCAUGGUCUGGGAGGGGCUGAAUGUGGUGAAGACAGGCCGAGUCAUGCUCGGGGAGACCAACCCUGCGGACUCCAAGCCUGGGACCAUCCGUGGAGACUUCUGCAUACAAGUUGGCAGGAACAUUAUACAUGGCAGUGAUUCCGUGGAGAGUGCAGAGAAGGAGAUCGGCUUGUGGUUUCACCCUGAGGAACUGGUAGAUUACAUGAGCUGUGCUCAGAACUGGAUCUAUGAAUGACAGGCGAGCAGGCCACAAUGCUUUCACAUCCAUUUCUCCUCCUUCCCAUGGGCAGAGGACCAGGCUCUAGGAAAUCUAGUUAUUUAAAGGAACUUCGUCAUAAUUUGGAAGGAAGCUCUUGGAGCUGUGAGUGCUCCCUGUACAGUGUUACCAUCCCCUACCAUCUGAUUAAAAUGCUUCCUCCCAAAGUAGGAUUCAUUGAGUUG